AUGGCUAACAAAUUAAACAGCCACACUGGAAAAAAUAAGAGACUUCCACAAGAUGAGUCUGAUGCCGCUGGAAAGGGGUCUGAACAGAAGGGGCCCAUCCUUUGUCACCCAAGAAGACGUCAUUACAAUAUUGGAAAAAGAACUAAGUCAAAGCCAGGAGGAUUGGAAGUAUCUUCCUCAACCGUCGUAUCCAUCAAGCUUAUUUUAACAGCCAUAUCCUAA